AUGGAGUUUUGGCGGUUUACCUCUCAACAGGUUACGACAGGUUUCGUUGGAUUGGGCAUUGGGAUUUUCGAUUUAUUUUUUGUUCCCCUUUCAUUAAACAGGACCGAGCCAAUGUCUCGCUCACGGUCGUUUAGCACUGUUUUGUUUUUCGAUUUUGCAUAUAUUACGCACUCACAUAGAUUUGCUCACCGCAGCCUCCAACGGCUAAAAGCAUUCAACUUACAGGGCAGGUAUUUUGAUUACCGCGGAUGCCUUCUCGAGGUCAUCGUUAAUAGACAAAGAGGAGGCAUCGAAAUGAUUCAACCAUUCGCCCGGCGCGCUAGUUCAUCUACAAUCUUAAUGUGA